GGUAAACCUUGUCAUGCUGCUGCAUGGUGAUUGUGGUCCUGUUGCUCACCGGACCCAUUUUUAACUUAGUCCAAGGAUUAUGAGUAAAUUACGUGAACCACGGCGAUAUCAACUAUUCCAAAUGUCAACGGAGCCAGUCAUGCGACCGGAAUGGGCACGUUUUGUUUGCGGCGGUAUUGCUGGUGCCGUUUCCAGGACGAUGACCGCACCGAUUGAUCGGUUGAAAGUGCUUCGACAAAUUGGUACUCCGGAAAUGAUGGGAAAGAAUUCCAUUCAAUGUUGGCGUCUGAUGUUCCUCGAGGGCGGUAUCACCGCACUUUGGCGGGGCAAUGGCGUGAAUGUGUUGAAAAAUUGCCCUGAGAGCGCCAUUCGGUUCGGACUACACGGAUGGCUCAAGUCGGUACUGUUCCCGGAGGUGAAAGGCAACCUACGACCGGAUCAGCGGUUGUUAGUAGCGAGUUUAGCUGGCGCCGUUUCGCUCACUUGUACAUACCCCAUUGAGAUUUUAAAGACGCGAAUGGCGAUGCGAAAGUCAACCGAUCCCAAAUCCAUUGUCGCAUGUGUUCGCCGAGUUUACGGUCAGGGAGGUUUGUCAGGUUUCUAUCGAGGAUACAAAAUCAGUAUGCUCAGCUACGUUCCGUAUUCGGGCAUGGAACUGGCGAUCUAUGAAAUGCUCAAACGUCGCUAUCUGCAUUAUCGCUCCUCAUCAAGUGGAAUCGCUCCAACCAAACCAGUCCCGGCUCUGGUAACUAUCACAUUGGUCACCACAUCGUGUUGCAUUCCCAUCCUGAUUGUGUACCCGGCAAAUCUGCUUCGAACUCGAUAUCAAGCCUCAGAUUCCCCCCGAGCUGCCCCCGUACUAUCUAGUCUGCGGUCCAUUUGGCAGACAUCUGGCUUUUGUGGACUUUAUCAAGGCAUGGGAGCGAGUCUUUCCAAGACUUUGCCGUCUGUUUGUAUUACUUACGUUGUCUUCGAAUUUAUGUCCGAUUUAAUGCGUGUCCCCGGCCUAGGCAGUCGGUGAAAAGUAACGUGAGAACUCAGUGCUGCAUUUCUCUGGCCGGGCCGGCCCGGCAGGACUCUCACUGGUUCAUGAAUGUUUCCAUUAGUCCUACACUUUCCGGAUCGAUAGUCUCACUUUGUGAGCAGUCCUCUUUUAGGUUUGGCCAACAUUAGUUCUGGAUUAUUUUGGUGAUACGUCCUUUUGGAGCACAACUUGUUUCUUUCUGACCAACAAACAAAAAACGAAUACAUUGUCGGCU